AAACAAUAUAUUUUCGAAUCAUAUGUGGAAACAAAAUAAGUUAUAAAAAAUAAAUAUUUUGGGGAUUUGGUAUUAAAAUAUAUUAUUAAAGUAAAAAGUUAUAUAUUAUUGUAUCCUUACACCCGGAAGUCAUUUGUAGCACCGCCAUUUUCGUUCAUUGUUACCAUGGCUGAGAGCGAGGAACAACAACUUGAACAAGUGCCUGAGGAGGAAACAGGACCAAGUGUCAACUAUAAGCCGCCUGCAGAGAAAACCAUCGACGAGAUUGCUAAAACUGAUGCUGAGGAUGAAAGUCUCAGGAAAUACAAGGAGCAGCUUCUUGGAAAUAUAGAAGAAAGAGUGUUCUGGCCAAAUGAUCCAAAUAAAGUGAUCCUAAGAAAGAUGUCAAUAGUAUGUGAUGGAAGGCCAGAUAAAGAAAUUGACCUAGGUGACAAAGGCCAACUGAAGGACAUGAAGUUCUAUGUGAAGGAGGGCGCCAAGUAUCGAAUCAUGAUCACCUUCAACGUGCAGCGCGAGAUUGUUGCAGGGCUCCGGUUCACCAAUAGAAUCUCUAAAGGACCUUUUAAAAAUAAAGAGGAGUAUAUGGUUGGUAGUUACGGGCCCAAGAAGGAAGUUCACGAGUACAAGUCUCCGGAGGAAACGUUCCCGGGGGGCCUCGGGCUGCGCGGAGAGUACAAGGUGAAAAGCUUGUUCACUGAUGACGAUAAAAACGAAAUUCUCGCCUGGGAGUGGAAGCUUGAAAUUAAAAAGGAUUGGAAGGACUAACUACACAUAGACAUAAUAUACUGCAAUUGUAUUCAAAAUGUGUGAUACUUUGUCAUUGUUUAGUCAUCACGUUGGAAUGAUGGUGUUUUGCCUCAAGUUCAUGAUUUUAGACUUUUUAUCUAUAUAUUACGAUAGGUUGAAUUACUCUAAAUAAAGCCAGUCGCAGUAUUUCUUGCGCACUUUUUAAAAUAAAUAAUAAACUUUAAUUAUCCAGUAUAAAGUUGAAAAGCGAGUACCAAGUUUCACAGUAAUCCUUUUUUAACUACCUUGACAUGAAGACUUUAAAAAGGAUUAUCAGUGGUUUGCUAUCUUGAAUUAUGAAGUAUACAUUGCAUAUAAUAUGGCAUACAUACAACUAAUAGAACUUGAGGCAAUUAUCAUUUAUGUUUUAUGCCAGCUUAUGUCGCUGAGAUGAUCAGUUGUUUUAGUUAUGUGGAAAACCAGAAAGAGUCUAUAUAAUGUCACAAAUCCAAUUUAUGCCAGCAAUAAUGAUUUUAAUUAAGGAUACCUCAAAUUCCCAGAAGUAGUGACAUGGUCUAUAACGAUCAAAGAUUGUCUCUAUCUUGUGCAUGUACUGCUCAUAUUUAUAGUAACCCUUUCUUUAAGAUUAUAGUUCACCAUAACCAUGUACACUUCACUGUUAACUUUUGCUGUAUCUCUAAGUUAUGUCUUUGUUCUUAUUAGACUUUUUAUAUCUAUAGCAAGUGCUGAUUCUUUUAUACAAGACAUUUUUGACAAUUUACAUGCUCAUUUUUGGAUCGAAUUUAUUCUUUUUAUUGUAAUGUAAACACUCUGGAUUGUGUGUUUCAUUUUGUAAGACUGUUACUGCUUAAAGAUAACUGAAGUCUUGAACGCAUGUUAUAAGACAGUAGAAUGAAAACUGCUGUACACUGGUUACGUGCCAAACAUGUGAAUCACCUUAUAACAGUUUGUGAUAGAUAAUAUGAUUAAAAGUUUAUGUUGUGCUUUCAGUGAGUGCUAUUACGAUGGUGGCCAAACAGUCCCUUAAUAAAACUUUUUACUUCUGAAAAUGUUGUCUAUUUUCAUUUCAGUAAUCUGUUUAGUGUUUACAGCUUUUGUAAAAUGUGUGCUUUAAUUGGAAUGUGCAGUUUAAUUAACAUUGUAUUUAAAAUGGUUGCAUUUAAAAAAACAUCAGAUAGUAAAAUAUCUUAAAAUAUGUACAUCAACUUGUAUACAAUUUUUAUGUUUGUUACACUUAAUGUGAACAUUCCGUAAAUUCACAUAUUUAUGCCCUAAGUUAAUGAAACAAUUGAAAUAUGUUACAUUUAAAUGUGAAAGAGGUAUUCAAAUGGUAUAGAAAUCUUCUUUUAGAUUAUAUAGGAACUUGUAUGCUACACUUUAUAUGCUAUAGUGUAGGAAGCAUGAAUUUUAAAAUGCAGAUUAUAUAUAUGUGCUAAAUGAUACCUUAAAUAUUUAGUGUGUCUGCAAUUAUUAAUGUCUAAGAAGUGUUCAGUUCCUGUUAUUUUAUGUUGAUACAAUUAUUAAAAGUGCCUAUACAUUUUUGCAGUUUAAAUUAAUUUAUUCCUUGGAAUUUGCAUGUGUUUUUCUGGAAUAUGCAACGCUUGUGCUUCUUUCUUUUUGUAAUUAUUAGUUAACAUUUUGCCAUUUUCCUCACUACAGCAAGAAUGUCUAAGAAGGGUUUUCUACGUUUUGCAAGAGUCUGCUUAUCAAGUUCAGUGGGGCCAUCUUAUCAGUAAAUGUCUCAUACAAUCGAUUUGUGGAACCCUUCAGUCUUUGUUGUAAUUAAAUAUAUAAUUUGAAACGACAUUUUGGCUGGAAAUAUUUCUUUAGGUGUAUCAACAUUUACAAGUUUAAUUAUAUUUCUGACAGUACACUUCAAUUGUAAUUUGUGGUCUUAUAUUUUGUCAUACUAUCAUUAUUAGAUUACCAACUGUGUUAACCUAUGGGUCUAAACUGCCAUUACAUUUUGUAUUUACAUAAAAUUAGAUAGACACAGUUUGAUUUUGAUUAUUUAGAAUAUUUUUCCAUCUUUCAGCCUUUUGUGAUAUUUUUGAAAAAAAAGAAGAAAAAAAGCUAAACAUAAACAAGCCAAAACUGAGGAAACUGUCCUGCUUCAUCUAGGAUCUAAGAUAAACAUUGUAUAGCAAAUAUAAGUAUUGCAAUCUUCUCACUUUCGUUACAUCUUGAUGUUCUAUAGCAACUAUAUUUAAUAUGUGUAAGUGUUCUUUACGUAAUCAAUGCAUUUGUCAGCUGUAUGUUAAUUUUCAAAUAAAUAUGAACAAGUA